CCAGGUCCCUCCCCUUUGGCGGGCGCUCACAGGCCGCGCGGGCAACGCGAGUCCCGGAGCCCCGGAGGCCUGUGCGCCCUGAGCCGGCAUGGACCCCGAGCACUGCGCGCCUUUCCGCGUGGGGCCUGCACCCGGCCCCUAUGUGGCCUCGGGGGACGAGCCUCCGGGCCCGCAGGGAACCCCAGCCGCUGCGCCUCACCUGCACCCCGCGCCGCCCCGCGGCCCGCGGCUGACCCGCUUUCCGGCCUGCGGGCCCCUGGAGCCCUACCUCCCAGAGCCGGCCAAGCCGCCCGCCAAGUACCUGCGGGACCUUGGGCCCGACCCGGCGCUCAACGGCGGCCACUUCUACGAGGGCUCCGCGGAAGCUGAGGAGAAGGCCUCCAAAGCUGCCAGCUUCCCCCAGCUGCCCUUGGACUGCCGAGGGGGCCCCAGAGACGGGCCCUCUAACUUGCAAGGCUCCCCAGGCUCCUGCCUGGCCAGCCUGCGUCUUCCUCUUUCCCCGGGACUCCCCGACUCCAUGGAGUUGGCCAAGAACAAGAGCAAGAAGCGCCGUAACCGCACGACCUUCAGCACAUUCCAGCUGGAGGAGCUGGAGAAGGUCUUCCAGAAAACCCACUAUCCUGAUGUGUACGCCCGGGAGCAGCUGGCUUUGCGCACAGACCUGACCGAGGCCCGGGUACAGGUCUGGUUCCAGAACCGCAGAGCCAAGUGGCGGAAGCGCGAGCGUUAUGGGAAGAUCCAGGAGGGGCGGAACCCCUUCACCGCUGCCUAUGACAUCUCUGUGCUGCCCCGCACUGACAGCCACCCUCAGCUGCAGAACUCCCUGUGGGCCAGUCCAGGAUCCGCGAGCCCUGGGGGCCCCUGCGUUGUGUCUCCAGAGGGCAUCCCCUCCCCGUGCAUGUCUCCAUAUUCCCACCCCCAUGGGAGUGUGACUGGCUUCAUGGGGGUGCCAGCCUCCUCUGUGGCUCACCCUGGCAUCUACUCCAUCCACGGCUUUCCCCCCACCCUGGGGGGCCACAGCUUUGAGCCCUCCUCAGAGGGCGACUAUAAGUCUCCAAGCCUCGUCUCACUCAGGGUAAAGCCCAAGGAGCCACCUGGCCUUCUGAACUGGACCACGUGAUCGGUAGCAUGGGCCUGCAGAAUGAGCUGCCUACCUCCUUUUCCAUUCCCAGCCGCUCCCAGCCCACCCCUGCCUGGACACCAGGGAGGAAGGACCUCUGCCUCCAAGCCCCAGACGGUUCUGGAGGCCUGUGGGAACAGCUGGCACUGUCAGCCCCGAGCAGGGAACACGUUACAGGGUCUUUUCUCUUAGAAUAAGGUGGGGCUGCCUUGGAGAAGGGGCUUCAAAGCAGCCAGGACUCUUCCUACCCCAAACUGAGUCCCCUCACCUGAACUCUGGGCUGGAGGCAGGGAGACACUGCCCUGCUGCCUCCAGACUUUGUCCAAGUCUGUUGUCAUCUCUCCAGCUAAGACAGCUUACUUGGCUUAUCAUUCAGGGAACCCAGGAAAAUGGGAGGAGAACGCCGAGUGGACUAGGGGAGCUCUUCAUGAUGAGACGGAAACCAAAAUGGAGUCUCCCACGAUGGGGUGGAGUCAGCCCUGCUUCCCCUCCCCCACCAGCAGGGGGCGCGCUGGCAUCUGACACUAAGGAGGGGGUGAACGCCAAGGUCAGCAUAGACUAAGGCACACUGGCUCCUCAGCUCCAGCCACCUUCACUCCUGCCCUGUGCCUGCACUCCCAGCAUGCCAUGCAGUCAUCUUCCCCUCCAAGGGGGCAGAAAUUCCACCAGAAAUCAUCACAUAUUUGGAAUCUCUUCCAUGGGACUAGCCCACAGCUAUGCCAUGGAAAUGAUACUGGAUGUUGCUCUGAAUAAAAUAGAUUUCCACAGACUG